AGAUGCCUCGCCCGGGCAAGAACACGUACAGCGACCAGAAGCCGCCCUACUCCUACAUCUCGCUGACGGCCAUGGCCAUCCAGAGCUCGCCGGAGAAGAUGCUGCCCCUGAGCGAGAUCUACAAGUUCAUCAUGGACCGCUUCCCCUACUACCGGGAGAACACGCAGCGCUGGCAGAACUCCCUGCGCCACAACCUCUCCUUCAACGACUGCUUCAUCAAGAUCCCGCGCCGGCCCGACCAGCCGGGCAAGGGCAGCUUCUGGGCGCUGCACCCGAGCUGCGGGGACAUGUUCGAGAACGGCAGCUUCUUGCGGCGCCGCAAGCGCUUCAAGGUGCUCAAGUCCGACCACCUGGCCCCCAGCAAGCCCGCGGACGCCGCCCAGUACCUGCAGCAGCAGGCCAAGCUGCGGCUCAGCGCCCUGGCGGCCGGCGGCACCCACCUGCCGCAGAUGUCCGGCUACAGCCUGGGGGUCUCCCAGCCCUCCAGCUUCAAGCACCCCUUCGCCAUCGAGAACAUCAUCGCCCGCGAGUACAAGAUGCCGGGCGGGCUGGCCUUCUCCGCCAUGCAGCCCAUGCCGGCCGCCUACCCGCUCCCCAACCAGUUGACUACGGUGGGCAGCUCCAUUGGCACCGGCUGGCCCCACAUGUACAGCCCCGGCAUGAUAGACACGGCCACCCCCAUCUCCAUGGCCAGCAGCGAUUACAGUGCCUACGGGGUCCCCCUCAAGCCCCUGUGCCACGGGGGCCAGACUUUGCCAGCCAUCCCGGUGCCCAUCAAACCCACCCCGGCGGCGGUGCCGGCCCUGCCGGCCCUGCCAGCGCCCAUCCCCACCAUCCUCUCGAACUCGCCCCCCUCACUCAGCCCGACCUCGUCCCAGACAGCCACCAGCCAAAGCAGCCCCGCGACGCCCAGCGAGACCCUGACCAGCCCCGCCUCGGCCCUGCACUCGGUAGCCGUGCACUGA